UCUACAGAAAGAAACUUCAAAACAACAACACUUUCUUUGCAGAAGAAUAUUGCAAGUAAUUAUAAGAUGGCAGCAACACCUAUUAUUGAAGGAAUACUCCUCAAAAUGUCUCUGCAAAACAGAAUUAUAAGAAGAAAAAUGUUCAAAGAAAGAUUCUUCAGACUGACAGAAACAGAGCUUUCAUAUUACCAUGUUCAUAAAAGGAAACAAGGCAGCAGAAAAGGAUCGAUUUUGAUUGAAAGAAUUUGCUGUGUUGCUGUUGUUAAUCUUGAAGAGCCAACUCCACUAGAAAGGCAAUACCCUUUCCAGGUUGUCUAUGAUGAAGGAAUUCUGUACCUAUUUGCACCAGAUGAUGCCUCUCGAAGAGAAUGGCUGAGAGCAUUAAAACAUGAAAUUCAAAACAACUCAAAUCUUAUAUUGAAGUAUCAUAGUGGAUUUUGGAAACAAGGAAAAUUUCUUUGCUGUCAGCAGGCAAGGAAAACAGCUCCUGGAUGCACCUUAUGGGAUGAGGCACAAAAGGACCAAAAACGGUCUUUAUCUGUGAGACACCAUUCGCCUGAUCUGCAUAAACAAAAUACCAGCCUUCCCCCUGUCCCAAGAAAGAAGAAAGUGUCUAUGAAAGCUGGAGUUAGUGGAUGUGAACAUGCUGCUCCAGUUAAUUCCUUCUCCAUUUGCUCAGAAAAGGUUGAAGACUAUGAAUGGUAUGCAGGUAACCUGGCACGUGCUAAAGCAGAGAAGAUUUUAAAGCUGGAGGGAAAAGAAGGCACAUUCAUUGUAAGAGACUCAAGCCAACCAGGGACUUACACUCUGUCUGUUUUAAGCCUAAAUAUUGAUAAAAAUGGAUCUGUUUGCCAUUAUCGAAUUAAUAUUACACCUGAUGAAAACUAUUACGUAGCAGAGAACUAUGUGUUUGACUCAAUACCUAAAAUGAUCCAGUAUCAUAGCCACAAUUCAGGAGGAAUGAUUACUAGACUCCGACAUUCAGCCAUUAAAAAGGAGAAGAUGGUACCAUUUUCUGCUUAUGGUAAUUGGGAACUGAAAAAAAAAGAAAUUUCUCUUCUGAAGGAACUUGGCAGUGGGCAGUUUGGAGUAGUGCACCUGGGCCUAUGGAAGGACCAGUAUGAAGUUGCAAUUAAAGUCAUUAAAGAAGGUAACAUGUCUGAAGAUGACUUCAUAGAGGAGGCGAAAAUAAUGAUGAAACUACGACAUCCAAAGCUGGUUACCCUUUAUGGAGUUUGUACUAAAGAGUUCCCAAUUUACAUUGUGACUGAAUACAUGAGCAGUGGUUGUUUGCUUAACUAUUUACAUGAUCAUGGAAAAGAUUUACAAAGUAAUCAGUUGGUUGAGAUAUGUGCUGAUGUCUGCGAUGGAAUGGCCUUCCUAGAGAGCAAGACUUUUAUACACAGAGACCUAGCUGCUAGAAACUGCUUGGUGGAUAAAUGCUUGACAGUAAAAGUAUCUGAUUUCGGGAUGGCAAGGUACACAAUGGAUGAUCAAUAUACCAGUUCAGUUGGCACAAAAUUUCCAGUUAAAUGGUCUUCUCCAGAGGUUUUAAAUUAUAACAAAUACAGCAGCAAAUCAGAUGUAUGGGCAUUUGGGAUCCUAAUGUGGGAAGUGUACUCAUUAGGAAAGCAGCCUUAUGAAUUGUUCAAUAACUCUCAGGUUGCUCAGAAGAUCAUGCAAGGAUAUCGACUUUACAGGCCACAACUAGCAUGUGAAGAGAUCUACAAAAUUAUGAAAAGCUGUUGGCAUGAGGCAAGUAUUUUCUUUUGUUUGUAAUCAACUUUUAAUAGGCAGAUAAAAAAUAUCAUAUAAACAUGUUUUGAUUUAGUAUAACAAAAUGUUGAAUUAAAGAAGUACUAAGAUGGAAGAAAACAGAAGAAAA